AUGCAGGUCCUGUCUGUUCCUCUCGGCUCGGUGACCAUCGGACCGCGGUCGUGGCGCGACGGGACGGUGCGCUCCAUCCGACGCGCGGAGCGCAUGGUUGGGCAGACUUGGGCCAGACAGCCCGGGACAAGCGUCCGCCCCCGGAGCUGCGCCGCCGGUUUCUCCCCACAGCGGACAGAUGCAGAGGAGGCCGAAGAUAAGAUCGCGGAGGAGGAAUGUGGAAACAGACGAGACUCCAUCUGCAAAACUAAGAUGUCGAGACCCCAAACCACAGGGACGAUGGCCACCCAAAGGACGUGUGUGGCCCCGUUCCCCCCUCCCAGCUUUCGUGAGCAGUGUGCGGGCGCCAGUGUUGCGGUAGCCGCUGGGUACAUGCGCAGGGUGAGGGAGGUGGAGGGCCGGCUGCGCAGGCAGGCCGGGAGGGUGACGCAGGAGGGCACCAAGCUGCAGAGGGAGAAGGGCCACCUGGAGAGGAUGCUGCGCAGCCUAAGGGCCGACCUGCAGGUCAACAGGAAGAGCAUGGAGUGGAGGAGCAAGAGGCCGUCCACUGCUGAGACGGAGAGAGACGGAGCUGAUUACUUGAUGGAGUGUGAGAGGCGAGAGCUGGCGGAGCUGAAACACGAUCUGGAGGAGACACUGAAAGACACUCUGAGCCAGCUGCAGGCCCUGGGUCAGUGCAGCCGGCAGCUGCUGGCCUGUGCCAGUGAGAGAGCUCGUGUCCUGGAGCUUCUGCCUCUCUCCGGCACUCCACCUCCUUCAUCUCAGACCUUCACCAAGUCAGACUCGGUCGGCCCCUUCACUCCAGAGUGCAGGCACGUUUUAGAGUCGUCUGCUCUAACGGUCAGCCAGUCCCAGUCGCUGAGGGAAAACAUCAGGCAGGUCCUAAGCAGUGCCAUCGCCAGGCAGAGAGCCGCUCACCACACUGUCAACGACGGCCUGGUGAAGAAAAUAGCAGAGACAAUCGCUCUCAAGCAAAGCCUGACUUUGAUGUCUGCAGCGACCAGGAAAGCCAUGUUCGGCAAGCAGAAGGAAAUCAACUGCAUUCUGCACAGCCACGGCCGGGCGCAGGGUCCGGUGUACAGUGGUGAUAUACUGUCCAGAGAGAAACUGAACCGGCCUCUGGUGCAGGUGUACCAGAGGCACCCCGGGACAGGGUUACCUGAGGCUGCUCGUCUCAUGCAGGGCAGUGCGGUGCUGAGGCGCUGCCUGACAGCCUCAGAGGGUGAACUGGCCCGGCUGCAGGGCGUCCAUCUGCAGCUGCAGGACGACCUGCAGGGCAAGAGCACAGCAGCCCAGGUGGACUCUGCCGUGGUCCGCAUGAGACGUCAGCUUGUUGACAGGAGAGCCAUGCCUACUUUCCUCCAGCAGGGGGCGUACUGA